AUGGCAACCGAAACCUUUCUGGACUUGGCUUACGAACGGUCUAAAUCAACGAAACGUCCUUUAAGACCAAAGCUACUCAAACUAACGGAUGUGGCUACACCACAUCGAAGUCGCAAGAAAACGAAAGUUAAGUCGAAAGACCGCUCAGCUAAUGUGAGAGAUCGCAUCUAUGAUGAUCCGGCUUACACAGAGGACAUUAGUCACCUGGCGAAUCCUUUGCGACGCAGCAGCAUUUCCGGCAAGUCAUCGGGGGAUUACAAGCUCAGCUCGGAGCCGAUUCCCACCAGCAGCAGCUCGUUGGGUAAACGCAGUCAGUUGACCAAGGAUUUUCUCAAAUAUGCCGUCAACAAACCCCUUAAGGCCAACAACAACAAUAGCUCAAAUAGCAACAACAUCAUUGGAGCUGCUGGCAUGGACUAUGAUUUCGAAUCGAGCAGCUCGGAUAAUGAGCCCCCAGAGCCAAUCAAAGAUGGUAGCAUCUCAAGGCGUGUUCUCAGUCUGGAGAGAAGCUUGGCUGCUGCAUCCGAGAAGCACGAGAAGAAGACAUCGACUCAGAGGGAAUCAACACAGAAGCGCAGCUCGAAGCAGAAACGCAAUCUAAGUCUGGACAACAGCCGAAAAGGAGCACAAAGCAAACAAAGCUACGAAUUGAGUGAGACGAGGAGUCGCAAGGAACGCAACAAUCGCAAGCAAUAUCUGGAGACGGAACAACAGGAUGACCUGUACUCCGUGCGCAGCUCGGCACAAAAUUCGGCAGCAACAAUGCCCGUGGAAUCGGCCACAAAGCUGCCAAUUGGCAGACGUUUUCUACGUGGCGAAAUUGGUAUUAAAAGCUUUAACUAUUAUCUGCUGAAAGAGGGCUUAAAGAGCAACAAGAAGCUGGAUAAGCAGCGCAGUGCUGGUGAUGCGCCAAGCAGCAAUGGUAAAGGCAACAAGAGCAACAGCAACAAUAGCAAUAUGAAGAAAUUGCAUACGCGCAGUGAGGAGAAUAUUUAUGAGGAGAUUUUCUUCAAGGAGUUGCCAGUGAAACAGGAAAGCAGUCUGUCAAUAGGAGCAGCAGCGGCAGCAACAACUGUUGUUGUUGAUGAAGAGCAGCAACAGCAGCAGCAGCAACAACAACAGCAAUGCCUGCCGGAUGCGGGCGUCUAUGCGGAUUGUGAGCUGUGCAUGCAACAAUGCAGCAAGGAGAAUUGCAAGUAU